AUGGCAGUGGCUGGGAAAGCAAUGAGCCAACAGGACUUCGGUAUCUAUACACUCUAUAUAAAUUGUAAAAUGUUGCAGCUACAUGGAGAUACUAGGGAUAAAGUGUUUUAUGUGGAAGAUGAUGCUUUUACUAAUAAUCUCACAAAACCAGAGACACAUCUCGCAAGCCUUCCUAGAAAGCAGGAGAAUGGAGCUGGUGGAGGUAGAGGUCGCUUGGGAGCGCAGCCCGCCCAGGCGCUUAGCAUGAACGUCAUGCGUAUUAAUGCUAGAGACGAAGCUUUAUAG